AUUUUUCAUGGCGAGAAUACGAUUGCUUUCCAGGAUACAGAUGAAAACUCUUCGCUAGUAAUGUGCUGAAAGUUGCAGCUGCAAGCAUUUGAAUUCUUUGAAAUGGGGAGUAGUCCGAGUACACUUGAACGGCAUGGCUAUACAGUCGUGAGGGAACUUGGACAGGCUGUCCUUGUGAAUUCAAAGGAUGGUGAUCAGUGUGUCAUCAAAAAAAUUAAUUUGAGAGAGGAAACAGGCAAAGGUUCAGGCAACACAGAUGUUUGUGAUGCUGUUGAAACACUUCUUGGGCUCAGCCAUCCACACAUUGUAAAACACAAAACAGCCUUUGCAGAUGAUGAAUAUAUGUAUAUUGUCUCAGAGUAUUGUAGUGGAGGAGAUCUCUAUCAGAAAAUUAAAGAACAAAGUGAGAAAAGAGAAGCAUUCUCAGAAGAACAGAUUCUGGAUUGGAUUUUGAAGAUCUGCAUGGCAUUGAAAUAUCUCCAUGACCUGAAUGUUCAACAUGGAGAUUUACAACCUAAAAACAUUUUUUUCACUGAGUAUGGAAUGAUUCGACUGGGAGAAUUUGGAGAGUUUAAUGAAAGAGCCAGGCAAGCAGGGUCUACAAAAGAUGGAGCACUGUCAUACAUUUCUCCUGAGAUUCUGGAUGGAAAAACACACGAUGAAAAAAGUGAUAUUUGGGCUUUGGGAUGUGUCCUGUAUGAGCUCUGCAUGCUGAAAAGUGCUUUCAGUGCAGAGAGCACCGUGAAGCUCAUUCCCAAGAUAUUAAAUGGAUCUUACCCACCUCUCCCACACAACAUCUCACAUAAUCUUCAGCAGCUAAUAGAGGAGACCCUCCAGACAGAUCCAGGAAAACGACCACUUGCUGGAGAAAUUAUAUGGAAGCCUUUUGUCCUUAGCUUUCUUACAGCGAGGAGUGAGAAAAGUAUUGAUGAGCUAAAUGACAACCUCGUGAAGUUGAGAGCAUUGGCUGAUGGGUUGGAGAAGGUUCAUUAUGGAGCAACUGUUGGCAGUCUGACAGGAGGAGUGAUUGGAGCAGCUGGUGGAAUCACUUCAAUAGUGGGAUUGAUCCUUGCUCCCUUCACUCUGGGUGCAUCUCUAAUCGUUACUGGAGUAGGUGUUGGGGUGGCAGUUGCUGGUGGCGCGACUGCUGGUAUUUCCAACAUCACUAACAUGGUCAACCAGUCUACAGACCGCAAAAACAUCCGGAGCAUCAUAUUGGAAUUUCAGGAAAAGAUGAACUCUGUGGUCAUAUGUUUGCAGCACAUCACAGAAGGCAUGGAGGAACUGAAACAUCAAAUUUCCCUCAAAAAUGAGCAACAGUCUCCCUCUGGGGGAACUAUAGUGAAGGUUGGAACCAGAGUCAGUAGGGGUUUAGGUGCCGUUCCUGAGCUCGUUCGUUUGCUCCAGGUGGCAAACAUGGGAAAGGUGGCAGCUCAGGCAGCCAGGGCAGUGCGUGUGGCUGAGGUAGCAACGGGGGUUUUCUCUGCGUUUUUUGUGGCUCUAGAUGUUUUCUUCAUUGCUAUGGAUGCCAAAGAGAUCCACAACAUCCGUACGACGAAAGCCUCUGAGGCUGAUGACAUGAAGUCUAAACUGGUCCUACAGUCCCCUGAAGCAACAGACAGCGAUUCUGGUGCUGACCAAGAGCCAAAGUCAGAAACUAUGAAGUUUGUUAAGAAGAUCAGAGAGACUGCAGAUGAACUCCAAAUGAGUUUAGAUGAAUUAAAGGAGAUCAUUUCAUUCAUUCCUAAACUUCCUGAUAUAGAUGCAUAAAUCUUAACCUGAUACCACGUUAAUCUUCUUACUUCCAUACCUAGACUUCCUUCCAUGACUUUGGCAUAGAAUGACAAAACAUAUAAAUCUGUGCAAGAACACAAUUUUUUUCUCUUUCUCUGAAAACAGUCCACACAUCUCUACUAAAGGAAGGGACAGAAAAAAGAGAUGAUGUGCAAUAUCAUUGUUAAUAUUUUUUACUAUAUGUGACAUAAAUGGAUUGACAUGUAGAUGUUGAAUGGAUUUGACUUGAUUGUAGUCAAGAGUUUUAGAGGGACCUUUACUGCUUGUGCAGUGCUACAGUGCUAGAUCUUCAUGUUGUUUUUUUCUUUUUUCUUUUUUACAGAGAACGUUUUGCAUUAAACAAGAGGGACCUCCAAAUAGACAUGCUUUCUCAAUAAUGUAUUUGUUUUAAUUGAAUUAAAUAGUCUGUAUUCCUUGUUAUAUAAAUUAUUCUUAGUAUAAUAAUGCACACCAAAUACUGAUGGUAGCUUCAUGUUCAUCUUUCUUAUUCGCUGCAUUAAUCAUGUCUUAUCAAUGCUGAAUGUGUCUUCCCUAGCCACUAUUAUUUAAGUACUUUACUACAAAACAUACCAUAGUGCUGUUGGCUGAGAAAUAAAUUCCAUUUUAUGUUGUA